AUGCGUCACAUCCACGACAAUUGUGAGACUUGGACAGAUGUAGACCCUUCGUACAACAAGAAUAUCCCUAUCCGUGCCAUGAAGUGGUUCGAAACGCCUUCGGUUGUUCGAUAUGGGUCAGAGUGCACCGGAGAAGAGGCAUUGGGCAUGGAAAGUGGUGCUGUAAAAAACCAACAGAUAACAGCAUAUUCACAAUACAGUGAAAAUCAUGGUCCAGAAAAUGCCAGGCUAAACCAUGUUGCUGAUGGAAGGAAAAUGGGCGCCUGGUCAGCGAAGACGAAUGAUCUUAACCAAUGGCUUCAAGUGGAUUUUGGACGAGAUGUUAAGAUCACAAAGUUUGUCACCCAAGGAAGGCAAGACUAUAAGCAAUGGGUCAAAAGCUACACUCUUUCUUUCAGUACCGAAAAGGAACCGGUUUUUCAGACAUAUCAAGAGAACGGUCAAGAUAAGGGAACUUUAGAUUGGACCACGAGUACGAGAUUGAGUACGAAGUGCACCGGAGAAGAGGCAUUGGGCAUGGAAAGUGGUGCUGUAAAAAACCAACAGAUAACAGCAUAUUCACAAUACAGUGAAAAUCAUGGUCCAGAAAAUGCCAGGCUAAACCAUGUUGCUGAUGGAAGGAAAAUGGGCGCCUGGUCAGCGAAGACGAAUGAUCUUAACCAAUGGCUUCAAGUGGAUUUUGGACGAGAUGUUAAGAUCACAAAGUUUGUCACCCAAGGAAGGCAAGACUAUAAGCAAUGGGUCAAAAGCUACACUCUUUCUUUCAGUACCGAAAAGGAACCGGUUUUUCAGACAUAUCAAGAGAACGGUCAAGAUAAGAGAACUUUAGAUUGGACCACGAGUACGAGAUUGACUACGAGUAAGAUUUUAGAAUUUCAAACCAGUGACGUUUCCAGAGCCGUCGCUCUUCAUGUUGGCUUUAGGUAA